AUGGAGAACUCGCCUUCCAUCUCCCUCGUGGAUAAUACCGUCCCACAGCAACCCACCGGUGAAGCACUCCAACCACGCACAUCCACCCUCAGUCAACAAGGAAGUUUGACGAAGCACUUGAGUCGUGCAUCCGUCCAUAGCCAGCUCGCAAAACGGAAAUACGCAAAAUGGCAACCCCAAAGACUGGGUAUCGCACCCGACACAAACGACUCGCUCAGUCGAGAAUCGUCCCAGGUGCGCGGAGAGUCAAUCUCCGCAAGCUCCGCUGGAGAAGGCAGCAGGGGUAGAGACGUCGAAACAGCACAGCUUGCGCCUUCUCGAGUGUCAACUCAUAACAGCAAUGGCAGCGCCCAGCUGAACGGAGUAGGAGACCAGACCAACGGCCGCGAGGAGACCAAAUCGUACUCGGAAAUGGACGUUCUCUACGAGAACCAGCGGGGCUGCGCCUGGAUGACCCAGGACCGCAGAGCCAGUCCUGUUAAUAUCACGAAUGCCCAGCUGCCUGAUCCGAGCUGGGAAUGGGCGUGGAAGACAUGGUAUGCUGAUAUGUCUGGUGAUACCGAUGAGCAAGGCUGGCAGUAUUCUUUUUCGUUUUCCUCAUCUUCGUGGCAUGGUACACAACCGUGGUUUCAUUCAUUUGUUCGGAGGAGACGGUGGGUGAGACUACGGACUAAAGCUCAUCAACGGCGGACCCUUGGUCGCUCGGACUUUGAGAAAGCGCAUAUGCUUACUGAGGACUAUUUUACUAUUCAUUCGUCCAAGGUCAGAAGUCGGGACCAGAGCACUGCCGGACUGUCCCGGGUGGAAUCCGGGUUGAAUCGUGCGAGUAUGACGGUUGAUGAGGAGCCAUAUGUCGACGAAAUUGGGGAUAUACCCAGCUUGAUGCAUGCUUUGAAAUUGGCUUCCAUUGAUCGAGAGAAGAUUGAUGCACUGAAGAAGUUUAUCGAGGACGGGGGCGACGAGCUCUAUUAUCUGAAUGACAAGCAUCAGAUACCAGAUAUAAUGCCCAUGUUCCUAUUCCAGACCUCCCGCUGGCAAUUUGUAACAUAUCUUUACGGUGUCAUUCGUGAGCUGUCUCAAACUCCCAGUGAUUCUGAUAAGGACGCCGAUGCAAUCCAACGCAAGAAAGAUAAUCUCGCUCGCGCUGCAGAAUCUUGCAAGCGCCAUAUUACCGGUCCGGAUGUUUUUAAAGGUGAUCAUGGAGAGUCAGCAACGGGAUUGUUAGACUUGACUCCGGUAACCAAGCAAGAUACAUUAAUGUCCAAACGACCGGUCUUGGAGGAGCGAGCGAGGUCAACGAGGCGGGUAUUCAGGGGCAUUCCCAAGGCUGCGGAGAUUGACCAGCCAAGCUCCGGCCACCGCCUACCCGUUCGGCGGCCAGCAAUUUUCGGGGCAAAAAGGUCCAUCGAAAAACACCUCAGCAACGCGCCCAAUUCUUGUCCUUUUAUUCAUGUCUCCGGUGCCACUAGAGCAUCGUCCCUUAUGCUCUUGCGUGGCUGCCCGUGUCUAAGGAGGCGUGUGUCUGCCGUCUUGGACACUGUCGCGACUGGCCCCGAUGAGCCUCUUCUGUUUCUCUAUCCCCGCUGGGCUGCGCCUGCUUUGCAACGCCGACAAAUAUCUUCCCUGAAACCGAGUAAUUCCGCCCCCUACCCCUCGUUUUCUCGACACUCGCGCCAAUGGAUUUCCUCUGGGUCUUCCUCUUCGGCUCCUGACGGUGCAAACUUACAAUAUGCCCCUCCAUUGGCUGGAGAGCACCUUAAGAUAAAUGAAGGCAAGGAAAUUGGCUCCGAAGAUUUGAAUAAAAGUGGAGGAGGCCGGCUCUCCGCAGGCCAGAGACAACCUAUCAAUGCGCUCACAGAUGUCGAACACGCCACUCCGCGGAUACCACUACGUGGCUUCGCGUUGACGAGAGCAAAGAGAAUACAGAAGGGUCGACUGCACAACAAAUCCCCGCACGCAAAACCUUCGUCUCCCACACAGAAACAACUUUUUUUACGAAAUACAUCGAUUCGAGAUCGGAAGAAGUUACGGUUUCGCGAAUAUAUGAAGAAAAAAUACCAAGCUCGCUCAGCAAAGCUCUACGACAAUGCUUGGUUUGAUACUAAAGACAUUCUGGAUCAAGUGUACCGCGAUAUUCGGAAAAAUCCCAAGAAGAGUCUGAACAAGAAAGAGAUACUUGUACCGGAGGAGACCCUCGCCCUGUUCUCUGGUGUGACUCGUCAUACGUUGAAAGAUAAUAUUUGGUACAUUCCGAUCCACAAUGGAUGUCGUGUGCACAUCCUACCUGCAAGUCAGAGCAAGGGAUUACUCCGUCGAGUCGUUUUGAGUGCCACGGACCAUAUUAUGGCGCUGGUGGAAGGGCAUUUCACCCGCGCGCAGAGCCUACAAGCCAUGGGGGAUCCCCUUGUUGAUAUCCACAAACCACCGGUCCCAAUGUGCCUUUCUCGCGGCGCGAUGCAGCGCUCGAAGCUGCCUGUGCCGUUGAUCCGUGGAAAUUGGCAUUUCGGUGAAACGUCGGAUGGCAGCUCAAAUCUAGACGAGAUUCUGCUGCCUCGUCCGGUUAUCGCCACCGUGAAGGAGUUCAACGAGCACAUCGAGGAUGUCACUUCUGCGAGGCAACCAACGCUUGAUGAGAAGGCCAUGUCUUUGUCAAAGCUUCCGCACGUGGUCCGGAUUAAACUACACCUGGAGGCGCUAUUCAUGGCAGAAGCAUACUCCAAUUACAUCUCGACUGCAGCAUUGAAUAGUGCGCUGGAAUUUCUUUGUCGACAUGAGUUCCUUGAGACUGCUCGAGCUUUGUGUUCAUGCACAGAGCAUGUAGCUACCACUGAUACAUAUAACAUCCUGUUGCGGGCUGCUGCGCGGCGUCAGGAUGUGGGCGUUUUCCGUCAUUUCCUGCGGACAAUGCCUAAAUUAGACAUGCGUCCAAACCCAGAAACAUGGCUUGCAUUGCUCAGCGCCCUGGUCGUCCCCAGCGAAAAAGCCCAACUCAUUGAACAUAUGGUCCAGCGUGGUCACAUGUCCAAUCUUUCCACCAUCCACAGCGCGCUCCAGGAGACAAUCCAAGAUUCGCUUUUGAUGUUCAGUGUGGUUGCUCGAUUGAAGGAUUUUGAUUCCAUAGACCGGCUCAUGGAAAUCUGCAUCGAGAACAAUCUCACCGUUGACAGUUACCCGCUCAGCCAUAUUGUGCAAGCCCUGGGCGCGAAAAUCCACAUGGCUUUGCAUUAUACCCUGCGGUUUUUCGAGCACCCUUUGUUCGAGGUGACUGCACAAAAUUGGGAGGAUUUGUUUUUGGCCGCAUUUAGACGCCGCCAGUAUAACCUUUGUCUGGUUAUAUGGCGGUAUUCCUGCAUGAAGAGAACCGUUACCUACAAGAUGAAGCAGGCUGUUUUGGCUUCCUUAUGUCGCAACGCCUCUUUCAGUAAAUCCACGAAACUUGACAAAGAUUUGUGGAGCUCCGACGCCGGCAAGGUCAUUAUCGGUAUCGACGUGCACCAUGAAAGCUACAGGCUUCCAGAUUCCAUUCUGAACGAUAUUCCCUCCGAGUUCCGUCACAAUCCUGUUCUCUACCUUAUCGGAUGGAAGCCCCGGGGUGAGAAGCGUGAUCUCCAAAUCCGCCUUGCCAAUGCCCUCAUCAAACGCGACCUCAUUCUUGGUGCAACCCGCUACGCCCCCCAGCAUCCUUCCCCGAUUAUGCUGGAUGCAGCGUCCAUCUUGGACAAGGAAUGGCGUGGUGUACCGCGGCCACUGACUUGGAAGAUGCAAAACGCCAUUCAAGUUCCCAUCGUCCGUAAGGACCAAGACCGAGAUCAAGAGAAAGACAAAGACCAAUAA